GUCAUGGUUUGAAGGUUGAGAAAAUUAUACAGUAGUAUCCUCUAUAUAAUUUCUAUGGUAUAGUGUAGUAUGAGUAUCGUGUCGGCCAUCAUAAUAUAAUGGCUUUACUUAGUAGAGCUCGUGUCUUACGAAUUCGCUUUAUAAAUGAUUUGUUUAAAUGUGGAGGUGGUAUGUAAAUUAAAUAAUUGAGUUAAAAAGUAACCGCCAACUAAUCAUGAGGUCCUGAUCUAAGUCUACAGCGCUCAAUCUGGCUGGCUGAGGCGUAGCCGAGAGAGCGUAGUGUCAACCUAGUCCUUUAUCUGUCGAGUAUCAAUCAACAAAAUAAGCCGACUUAUAGUAAGGAACCGUCGGUAUUAUUAACUUCAAACUUAUCUAUUCAUCAUGAGCAAGCUCUCAUUCAGAGCACGGGCCCUCGAUGCCUCUAAACCUAUGCCCAUUUAUAUGGCCGAGGAGCUCCCAGAUUUACCAGACUAUUCAGCCAUUAGUAGAGCUGUUGCGCCUAUGCCUAGUGGGAUGCAAAAGGAAGAAGAAUGCGAACAUCAUCUUCAAAGGGCAAUAUGUACUGGUUUGAUUAUUCCUACCCCAGAAGUAACUCACCUUACAGAUGUAGAAGCUUAUGAAAAAAUUUAUCCAGCGGAUUAUAAAUUACCUAGACAGUUGAUUCACAUGCAACCUUUUGCAAUGGAGCAAGAUAUUCCAGAUUAUGACAUGGAUUCAGAAGAUGAAAAAUGGGUUGGGCUUCAAAGUCGUAAAAUGGAUUUAACCCCAUUGCAAUUUGAAGAAAUGAUGGAUCGCCUAGAAAAAAGUUCAGGCCAAACUGUUGUUACUUUAAAUGAGGCUAAAAUGCUUCUUAAAGAAGAUGAUGAUCUCAUUAUUGCAGUAUUUGAUUAUUGGUUAAACAAACGACUUAAAACACAACAUCCACUACUUUUAACGGUUAAAACUGAAAGCCGCCAUGGUCUGACUCCAAAUAACCCAUACUUGGCUUUUAGAAGAAGAACUGAGAAAAUGCAAACUCGCAAAAAUCGUAAAAAUGACGAAACUAGUUAUGAAAAAAUGUUAAAACUUCGAAGAGACCUGAGUAGAGCUGUAACUCUAUUAGAAAUGGUAAAGAGAAGAGAAAAAAUUAAACGAGAACAUUUACAUCUAACAAUUGAAGUAUUUGAAAAGAGAUAUCAAGCGCAAGAUUUCAGUGGGCAAAUACUUGCUGAAGUGUCAGCACUUAAAGCAAUAAGACCAGCAUUUGCUCCCCUUUUUACUAAUCAAUUCGGUGUCCACCAGAACUGGUCAAAUAAAGUUUGUGGAAAAGAUGAAAUGAUACCAAGAAAAGAAAAACGUCAGUAUAAAAAAAGAAAGCAUAAAAUAGAUAUGAGAAGUGGAAUUUUGGAUGAUAGUAUUCACCAUAGUCCUACAGUUAAUAGCGAAAAUAACAGAAUAGUUUUAGCAGAUGGACUGGACCCACUGGGUAGUUCAGAUGACGACAAUUUACUUCCAUGUCACUCAAAUUCAACACUUCCACGAGACCGUGACGAUGAAGAUAUAGCUGAUGAAGGACACUUUGCUUUCCGUAGAAAUAGGAAUAAUAACUAUUUACCUCCUAUAUCAGAAGGACUUGGAAACUGGCCUAGGAUAAAUAAACAUGACGAAAAUAUGCUUGAACAAAAAUAUAGAUUUGCUUUAACUAGCAUAAGGAAACCUUCACCGAAGUGCAUUGGACUAGCAAGACGUCGUUUAGGCCGUGGUGGGAGAGUGGUUCUUGAUCGCUAUUCUAACGACCUAGAUGCUAUAUGGUCAUCUUUAGAUUUCACAAUACAUGAACCGAAACAGGACGUAGGACCCAGUUCUUGUACAACUAAUGAUAUUAAUAAAGAUUGGUUACAUUUUCGUCCAAAGACACCUCAACUUUUAGAACAUAGUCAUAGUGAAGAAAGUAGUGAUGAUGAACCUGAGACAAGGAAAGAUAAUUCAAGGCCACAACCUUUUUCAUAUCCAUUUCCAUCUGAGGCUACAUCUAUUUGCAUAGACAUUGAGCCAGAUCAAACAGAUGAUGUACCUCCUUUCUCAUCCGAGUUCAAUAUUUCUGACUACUUUUCUACUGAUAACUUACCGGAUUUUGAUUUUGCAUUUGAAGCUAGAAAUAAAAUUGAAUUACCAGACAACAAUAACUGGCAGAGCGAUGAGUUAGGAUGUUCACGCUUCUUAAUCCUGCCAGAAGUCGAAAACUUAUUUGCACCAUCGAUUCGACCUCAAUUUAGUGAUACUGUUAAUAAUGUAACUAUAUCAAACUGCUCUAGUAUGUCUUCAUCGUUAGAGAUCGAUAACCAAUUGAUAUCUGCAAAUUUUUCAAUGUCUACGCAAUGUACAAGUGUUGAUGUUGAAAUUCAAUCGAACAAGCAAUUUAAACAAAAUAGGCAAUUACUAAAUGAUAAUAACGUUGCUUCUAUGCUUUCCAAGUCUCUGAUUGGUCCAACUCACAAUAGUAAUAAUAUUGGAAAUGUUCAUUUGUUGAGUGCAACAGGUACAAGCUGUAGUAGUGAUAGUAUUACAAACAUCGAUAAUGGCCAUCAUGAUUGUUCUAUUGAUCUAGCACACCAUAUAAAAAAUUUACCAAAUAAUAUGCAUGUAAUAAAUAAUCAAUCAACAAUUUUUGUAUCACAAAAACAUUCAUCGUCCAAUUUGCUACCUGGUUAUAGUAAAUUUACUAGUCUUGCUAGACAACAGCAACAAUUCCAAAAUCAAGUUCAAGAAACUCUAAAGCCAGGAGAAAUGACACUGAAUCAGAAUAGGUAGGAUUCUAGAGCCAGGUUCUUAGAGAGUUAUAAAUCUAUGUAAAAUUGUUAUUUUUUAUCACAGAUGUUUGAAGUCAAUUCCUUUUUCUAGUUGGUAGUAGUGCCUUGAUUUGUAUUUCUAUUAUGAAGCUUAUAUAGUAUCUACACUCAUUUCAAUUCUUACUAUUUAUCUAUCAAGAAACUUUGUAAUAAGCCGAAGCAAAUGUACCUAAGGUCGAUAACUCGCAUACCCUUAUAUAUUGCUCGCGCGCGUGUUAAUUUUUAAUUUUUAGUAUAUUAUUGUUUACUUCGUAUAAUACAAUGUAAGUAAUAAUUAGAAUUAGAGCCAUAUAUUAUGUACACUAGGUAUUAGAUCUCUGAAGAAAUUAAGAAAAAGGACGUUACGCGUGAUGCAAAAAUUUAUUUAAUCUAAAAUGUGUAUUAUACAAUAAAUUGAUCCUACCUCCUUGCAAAGUCGAUUUUAAGGUGUGGAAUAUUCAAAUAUUUGGAUUUAAUUAAAUUCAUAUUUUUCAUAUGUUUUUCAUUUUUUCAUACGGAUUAUGUAUUUUAAUGUCACGAAAUUUUUCUUAUUUAUAAAUUGUAUUCAUUUAUUUAUGAGUUAUAAUUAAUAAAAUUACAAGCUGUAAAAUUUGAUACAUUACAACUUAUAUAUUGUAUGUAUAUAAAGCAUAACUUUGAUAACGUGAUUGAUAAUAACUUUUAAAUACUCAAAAAUACAUGCUAUAAACUUUGAUGUCUAUUUAGAUAAAGUACUUAAGAAAAAAAUUUUCCGUUAUUACCAUCAAUAUUUAUAAAUUAUCAGUUUCUGAUCAUCUAUAAGCUAUAAGUAAUAAAAAGUGAAGAAACAGUUUUGUAUUUUUUUUCAACCUUAAAUUUGACGUUCUGAUAUUUUAUUUCGAUAUAUGUACCAAUAAUUUAGUUGCACUAAAUAAUGAUAUCAUUUACACAAAGUUUCAAAGAAAGAUACUGUGUUAAUAAAUAAAUGGUUCUACCAAAACCACCUUAGGUGUUAAUGUAAGAAACCUAAUUAAGUAAGGAUAAGUCAUUUCAAUACUUACAGCGAGAAAAAAAAGGGAGAGAGAUAAUCGCGCGCACUCACCAUUUUCUGUAGUUAAGAAAAUAAUUUGCCGUUAUUACUAUCAAUAUUUAUAAAUUAUUGCAGGUUUUGAUCAUCCAUAAGCUAUGAAUAAUAAAA